AUGUCAAACGUAUCCGAGUUCGUCGCAGCAGCCGAACGAGCUGAUCCCUCUUUGACCGGGUCAAACGAAAAGGAGAAAGCUGAGAUCGCCAAACUGGUGGGAGAGACUGAAGGUUAUGUCAAGGACCUUUCGGCUCUCAACGAAAAGCUGACCCCUCUUACAUACCUCUAUUCCAACUCUCCUUCUUCGGCUGAUGUGAGCCUGUACGCUCAUUUACAUCCUACCUUGAUCUCCGCAUCUACCACUCAACAUCCUCAACAACCUUCCCUCCUUCGAUACUUCCUCCAAAUUCAAUCAUUAGAAUCCGUCCAAUCCGCUCAAAAGUCCUUACCAAACUCAUUCCCAUCAUUGGACAUCGACAUCUCAUCAUUACCUACUCCAGAGAGGAAGGCCCCACCACCCAAAGUUAAGAAAGAGAAGAAACCUGCUGCUCCUGCUGCCGGUGUGACUGAGACAGUUACCAACGCUGUAUCUGGUGCAGUCAACGCUGCUACCUCUGCUGCUGGUGCUGUUGCUGGAACUGCCGUUAACGCAGCUAGCGCGGUCAAAGAUGCUGUUGUAGGAGCAGGUGCAGCACCCCAAGAAGGAGGCAAAAAGAAAGAGAAGAAAGAAAAGAAAGAGAAACCUGCCAAAGCUCAACCUGUCAAAGAAGAACCUACGGGACCAUUACCUAGUAUGAUUGAUAUGCGAGUAGGCAAAGUGUUAGAUGUCAAGAGACAUCCAGAUGCAGAUAGUCUAUAUGUCGAAUCGAUAGAUGUAGGAGAACCUGAACCCCGAACGGUAUGUUCGGGUUUGGUGAAAUAUAUGACGGAAGAUCAAAUUAGAGGAGCUACGAUUGUUGUCAUCUGUAAUCUCAAACCUGUCACUAUGCGAGGUGUGAAAUCGUAUGCCAUGUUAUUAUGUGCAUCAUCGAAAGACGGUAAAGAUGAAGGAGGCAUCGAAUUUGUAUACCCUCCUGAAGGGUCUCAACCUGGUGAAAGGAUUUACUUUGAGGGUGAGAAAUACGAGAAUGCCAAACCCGAAGCUCAGCUCAACCCCAAGAAAAAAGUAUUCGAAACUAUCCAACCUGGAUUCACGACCUUGGAUACUAGAGAGGCAGCUUGGAUCGAUCCUGAAACCAAGACCGUUCAUAAAAUCAGAACGAAAGAUGGUGUUCUGACUUCAAAGACUUUGAUCGGUGCUAGUUUGUCAUAA